UUGCUCCAAUACAGUGCGAAUAGCUUUCUCUUGUAAUUCAUCUAUUUUAGUGCUAUAUAGUUCAUCAAUUCACCAUGAAUCAAGUAUCGUACCAGAAAGUGGCCUCGGAAGAUAUGUGGGUCGUUCUGGAGCCUGGUGUGCAACAGAUCUUCCAACGGCAGCCAUUAAUCCCGAACCAUUACAUACAGCUUUAUAGUCACAUUUACAACUGCUCGCUUACUCCAGUGGCAACCGGCCUGACCAGUGAGAGAAAAAUAGCGGCUUGUCGCAUUGGUAAAACGUUGUACUGCCAUUUGAAAACUUUCAUCGAACGCUAUUUGAACGAUCUUCAAGUGAAAGGCUCAGAACUAAUGAAUGAGGAAAUUUUGAGCUACUACGUGAAUCAAUGGGAAGAGUACCAGUUCUCCAGCAAAGUGUUACACAAUUUGUUCUCCUAUCUCAAUCGAUAUUGGGUGAGGCGUGAGUGGGAUGAUUGUCGCAAGGAUGUUUACGAAAUCUACGAUCUGGCGCUGUUGUCGUGGAGCACAAGUAUGCUGAAUCAGAUGAAUAAGCAGGUUUCCAAAUCUAUUUUGGAAUUAAUCGAAAAGGAGCGGAACGGCCAAGCAAUCAACUCUCGCUUGAUAUCGGGUGUGAUCGGUUGCUACGUCGAGAUGGGGAUGGACAUACGAGAACCUGGAUCAAUUAAAAGGAACCUAUCUGUGUACGAAGAAAGCUUUGAGAGGUGUUUCCUGGAAGAAACCGAAAUAUACUACAGCCGUGAAAGUGUGAAAUUUUUGAGAGAGUAUCCCGUUACUGAAUACAUUAAACGUGUAGAAAUGCGCAUUAGUGAAGAGUAUAAACGGGUACAAUUGUACUUACACGAAAGUACCCAGGAUCAGCUGAUUAAAACUUGUGAGAAAGCUCUUAUUCAUAACCACAUGGAUCUGCUUGGCAAUGAGUUUCGCAACAUGCUGGCUGCUAACAAAGUGUCUGAUUUGCGUCGUAUGUACUCUCUGAUAGCGCACCUUCCGGAGUGUGUGUCAGAAUUAACAGCUGCCCUGGAGAACUACAUUCACAAUCAGGGCAAAGCUGCUUUAGCCAACUGUGUACAAGUGGCGUUGACUGAUCCUAAAGUUUACGUUCAAACCGUCCUGGAAAUUUAUAAGAAGUACUCAGCGCUGAUUCAUUCGGUUUUUAAUAAUGACGGACGAUAUAAAGCGGCGAUGGGAAAGGCAUGUGGAAAUUUCAUCAAUCGAAAUGCUAUUACAGAGGUCAGUAAGAAUCCCGUCAUUUGCGCAGAAAUGUUGGCUAAGUAUUGUGAUUCGCUGCUGAAGAAGUCUUGCAAGAAACAAGUGGAAAUAGAUCUGGAGGAGACGUUCAAUGAUACAAUGACUGUCUUCAGACAUAUCGAAGACAAAGAUGUAUUUCAAAAGAUCUACACCAAGCUGCUGGCCAAGCGUCUUUGCUUGCAGUCGUCCGAAAGCGAUGACGCUGAGGCAUCGAUGAUUUCCAAAUUGAAAGAGAAUUGUGGAUACGAAUACACCAGAAAACUUCAAGGGAUGUUUCAAGACAUUGAAAUUUCAAAAGGCCUCAACAAGAAAUACAAUCAAUAUUUAAAAGAAUUGUGUGAUGCAACUGGCCAGAAAAAUGGAAAUGGCACUGACUUCAAUGUGCUGGUACUUUCGUAUGGAAAAUGGCAGUUUAGCCAAGCUUCUCCGUUUUCGAUUCCGACUGAAAUUGAGCCUUGUAUCCAGGGAUUUACUAGCUUCUAUGCCAAACAGUACUCCGGACGAAAGCUCAACUGGAUGUUCAACAUGAGUCGCGGUGAGCUGGUAACUAAUUGCUUCCGGGCACGAUACACCCUUCAGGCCAGUACAUACCAGAUUGCAGUUUUAUUGCAAUUUAAUGAACAAACGUGCUGGACAGUUCAACAACUGCGCGAAAAUACUGACAUCGAUCAAGGAAUUCUUGUCCAAAUACUGCAGAUUCUGAUCAAAACAAAAUUACUCCUAACUCAGGAAGACGAUGUCGAACUCCAAGCAACCACCACAGUGGAGCUGAACACUGGAUUCAAGAGCAAAAAGCUGCGACUUAACAUCAAUCAGCCGCUCAAGACGGAGCAGAAGGUGGACAGGGAAGUGACAGAGAAAAUCAUCGAACAAGAUCGCAUGAUCAUGAUACAGGCAGCGGUCGUGAGGAUUAUGAAAAUGCGCAAAUCGUUGAAUCACUCGCAGCUGGUCGGAGAAGUCUUGACCCAACUGUCGACGCGUUUCAGGCCCAAGGUUCAGGCAGUGAAGAAAUGCAUCCAGCUGCUGAUAGAGAAGGAAUACAUCGAACGUCAGAAGGGACAAAAUGAGGUGUACAAUUAUUUAGCGUGAUAUUUCUGAUAGCAUUUUCUUUAGUAAACUUACACACAUAAAACUUAUAAAAUAAAUGAAUGCCGAAAAAAUAAAUUAAUAUUAUCAA